GCCAGCCCCGUGCCCGUGGGGCUCCAGUUACAGCCCUAUAAAGGGGGACAGGGCAUGGAGCCGGGAGGGAGGGAGCCACUCUGCAGCCCUGCGGCCAUGGGGAGCGGUGCCUUCGCCCUGGUCCUCACCCUGGCCCUGGGAGCACGUGUCACCCCUGCAGAGAGGAAGUGCCAGCUCAGUGGGCUGUGGAGGAAUGAUCAGGACUCGCUGAUGGAGAUUUCAGCAGUGAGGGACGACGGCAACUUCCAAGGGAAAUACCUCACGUGGGUCACCCUCAGUGGUGGCUGUGCCCGUGUCUCCCCCCUGACGGGUACCCAGCAGCAGCCCAGCGAGGGGGGAUGGCCCACCUUCGCUUUUGCCGUGCGCUGGGACAAGUUCUCCAAUGCCACUACUGCCUUCGUGGGGCAGUGUUUCGUGGACAGAGUGGGAAAGGAGAUGCUGAGCACCAUGUGGCUGCUGCGUGAAGCCGUCGAGUCCUUCGAUGAGGAAUGGAAAGCCACAAGCGUGGGCAGAAAUGUCUUCACACGUAAACGCACCCCAAAAAGAAAGGUCCUGCCGAGCUUGUCCCCGCCCUGUGAGGCUGCAUCUUCACCUAUCCUGUGA